AUGCACUUCAUUCACUUAGGUCGAGGUAGGGGUGAUCGGGGUCGAGCGGAUUCCGAUAUGCGAUCGCUGGUUGCUAAUGGGCUCGCACGUGUGCAGACCGAGUACAUGGCGUCAGUCAUCGAGGCUAUACGAUCUGAAGUGUCGCCCAACAUGUAUGCUCCACCUGCGCCGUCUCAAGGGGCUUGCCGCGUCGCCGUGCCUAUGGCGAAGAUUAAUCCCGACAUCAAGGUUACGAGCAAUGUCUUUCCUCUGAAGGUUAAAGAUGGGAAGCAAGUGUACCAGAACGCGGUACAUAUGUUCACACGCUACAAGGACUCUGACGAGGAGCGCGAGAAACGGACUGACUUAACCACUCGCGAAAGCACGGAACUGAACCGGCAGAUCCUGGAUAAGGUCAAGGCACAUGACCCCUAUCUGCCUGCUGGAGUGUACGAUGGUCGGACCACAUACUGGAGCAUCGCAGAGAUUGAAUAUUAUGAGAUGACAGUCGACCACCCCAACAAGCGAGCAGGCACCACCAAGGUGCGGGUUGUGAUCAAGAGUACAGGCCAAAAAAUCAAAUUCCCACUUACCAUGGAUCGUCCCAUGCACGCGAGCGUAGGAGAACAGGCUCUCUCGCUUAUGGUGCGCGAGCCAAUGGCUGAACUCGCUCGUGCGGACAAAAACAAAUUCAUCCAUCAAGGAGUCAAUCUUCUUAUCCCUGACUGGACCAACCAGCGCCAUCUAGGAGGGGGGUACUUUGGAUUGCCAGGUGUAUCCGCCACCAUCCGCAUGUGCCAACUGGGCCCCAGUUUGGCCAUUGAUGCUGCCGUGGCUGCGUCCCCUCGGCCAGGACCUGUGUUGGAUUAUCUGGUGCAUGCGUGCAACGUCAUGGACGUGCCUGCUCUGGCCCAUAGACUGCAUCGCGGGAGUGGCGAGUGGCGCCUGGCCGACAAUGCGAUCAAGGGACUGACCUUCAAGACUUCCCAUCUGGGCUACUCCCGCUCUUACAAAGCGAAAGGGCUGGGGAAGACCUCGGAAGAGCAUACGUUUGACUGGGAGAAGCCAAACGGCGAAGUUGUCCAGGUCAGCAUCGCCGAGUACUUCUUCGAGCAUCACAAGAUUCGUCUCAAGUACCCGCAACUGCCAGCCAUCACCUCUGGCACCAGCAAGCACCCGAUCUUGACCCCUAUUGAGGUGACCAGGAUCCCCGAAGGACAGAUUCGCAGAAAAUUGGAUAGUAACCAAACCGCAGCAAUCUUACCGAUGGCGGCUGUCUCCGCGGCCGAUAGAUUUGAUCGAAUCAAUACGUCGUCACGCCCAUUACUGAAGCAGAUACACCAGAGCGUACGUGUGUGA